GGGAGUCUUGUGGUUUUAUUUGCUGUGCCAGAUACUUCAGAAAUGGAUAUUUGCUCCUGCUGUACCUUUUUUAUCACUUUCUUGGGUUUUUCAGUCUUUUGCCUAGCAAAGAAUGUCAAUGAGUAUUCAGGACAACUAGGAGAAACAUUGACCAUUGUUUGUCCAUACCAACGCCGUGCAGAUCGCUGGGCAAGGAAGUUAUGGUGCAAAGAGAAUGAAGUUGGUUUGUGUCAGGCGGUGGUCAGUGCUCAUCAAUAUUCGCUGUAUGGGACCAAAACAAGAGGGAGCACUACAAUCUCUGAUAAUGCACAUGAAGGAAUGGUUACAGUCAAUAUUACUAAUCUGCAGAAAGAUGAUGCUGGUUUAUAUGAGUGCAGGACAGUCAUUUUUGGUGACACUGGUAUUUUACAGAAGAUCAGAGUGCUAGUGCUUGAAGAGGAUGCAGAAGGAAAUGUAUCAGCUGUGGAUAAAGUUCAGUAUAGUAUUUCUGGGUCACAGUCUGACUCACAAAUGAUGGUGUUCAUUCUUGGAAGCAGCCUUCUGUUGUGCAAAGUACUAGUGAUGGGACUGCUCUACAGCUGGUGGAAAAUCCAACACACCAAAAAAGUGAAACAUGAAUCAUUUCCUUUUUUAUCAGCUGAGCAGGCAUUACACACUGGAGACAGAUAUGAAGAGCCAUUCGAUUUAAAUAAUAGUGAAGGAAAUAGUGAUCCAUACUAUAUAAAUUACGUUUACAGGGGACACCUUGACCAAGAACACUGACAGGAAUGAUCACCCAGUUCAUAUUUACAAGUAAUAAUAUGAAUAUCAUGAUAUG